AUGAACAUGAACGGGUUCUCCAACGAAGACACCAGUAAAGAGGCUGAUUUCAAAGAAAGAGGAGACGAUCUCAUGGAAACGAAGAAAAAUUUUAGAGAAGAGCAAGUAAUAGAUCUUACAGGUCUUCCUGAUCUCGAGGAAUGUAGCGAUGAUUGUGCUGAAGACGAUGGAUUCAUUUUGAUUAGCGACGAUGAUGAUGGUUCUGUAGCUAAAACUGAGUGUAAAUCGGGCGAAAACAAUGUCUCAGACAAGAAGAUCAUCGAAAAUCUAGCGGAGCGCAACGAAGAUGACGACGAAGAACAACUAGUAGAAUCAGACGAGGAAUACGAAAUCAUCACAAGUCAAUGCGAGAGAAUAAUUUUGCCUGACCACUUUACUCAUCCGAUUCUCAACGCCGAAGGAGAACAUAUUUUAACUGUGACCGAAAGUGAAAUUUAUCUCCCCGAAGAUAUCUUUCAUUAA